UUUACCCACCGCUCUCUCUCUCUCUCUGUGUCUCUCUCUCUCACACACACACAACACAUCCAGCUUUUGACUUCAGCUGUCCCAGAAGGACACACAGGGAGAACAGGACAUGUUGGGGAUGUGGAGGGGACUCGCAGGACUGUCCACUUUUUGCUGUGUGCUGAUGCUGAUUCACUCUUCGCCUCAAGCAGAUGCAGCCAGCGCAUGCAGCUCCACUCAGUUUAUGUGUGGGAAUGGGAGGUGUGUCACCACAAAGUGGAUCUGUGAUGGGACGGACGACUGUGGAGACGACACUGAUGAACUUCCUGAAACCUGCGCAAGUAAAACCUGUCGGGAGACAGAGUACAGCUGUGGCCUCCCCAUGAACCAGUGUGUCCCAGUAGGCUGGCACUGCGACGGCAAAGAAGACUGUGGAAACGGGGCUGACGAGAAAAACUGCACAGCCAAACAGUGCAAAGGUGAAGAGUUCCGUUGUGCCAAUGGCCAGUGUAUAUCCCAAGCCUACUUCUGUGACAGCGACAUCGACUGCACCGACGGCUCAGACGAGGCCUCCUGCCCUAAGCCCUCCUGCAGCUCUCGCUCCUUCACGUGCAACAACUCGGUGUGCGUGCCGGCCCUGUGGGCCUGCGAUGGUGACAAGGACUGUUCCGACGGGUCUGACGAGUGGCCAGAGAACUGCGCUGAGAAGAAGCCGGACGUGGCGCCACGCUGCGACGUCCAGGAGUUUCAGUGCGCUAAUGGGGAAUGUAUCCACAGCAGCUGGAGAUGUGACGGAUCUCCGGAAUGCAGGGAUCAUUCGGACGAGGUCCACUGCAGUCAUCCUACUUGUCGACCAGAUGAGUUCCAGUGCAUCAAUGGCGAUUGUAUCCACGGCGCCCGCCAGUGUGACAAUAAGGCCGACUGCAAGGACCAAAGCGAUGAGAUCGGCUGCCACAUAGAAAAUGCAUGCGAAGGCCCGACCAAGUUUAAAUGCAGCAGCGGGGAGUGUAUCAACAUGGAGAAGGUGUGUGACAAACAGAGCGACUGCAGGGACUCGUCUGAUGAACCUGUCAAAGAGUGUGGCAACAACGAGUGUUUGACAGGAAAUGGCGGCUGCUCCCAUCACUGCAAUGAUCUGAAGGUUGGCUUCAACUGCUCCUGUCCUCCUGGAUACAUCCUGAAGAUGGACGAGAAAACCUGCGAAGACAUUAACGAAUGUGCCGAACCGGACACGUGCAGCCAGAUCUGCAUCAACCUGCCCGGCAGCUACAAGUGUGACUGCCAAGGCGGCUAUGAGAUCGACCCCGCGACCAGGACAUGCAAAGCUGAAUCAGGCACCGUACCUACGCUGUACUUCACCAACAGACACGAGGUGAGGAAGAUGAUGGUGGACCGCAGCGAGUACGUCGGUCUGAUCCCACAGCUGAAAAACGCAAUGGCUCUGGACAUGGAUAUGCCAAACAAGAUAAUCUUCUGGUCUGACGUGGCCCUGAAGAAAAUCUACAGCUCCAAGCUCGAGGUGGCCAGUAACUCCUCUUACCACACUGAAGUAAUUGGCAGUGGGAUCGAGGCCCCUGAAGGAAUCGCAGUGGACUGGAUCCAUGGAAACAUCUACUGGACCGACAGCAUGUUGAAAACUAUCUCUGUGGCAACGACUGACGGCAGCAAGAGGAAAACGCUCAUCACAGAAAACUUGGAAAAGCCAAGAGCCAUCACCGUGGACCCGGUGAAUAAUUUUGUGUACUGGACAGACUGGGGUGAGGAGGCUAAGAUAGAAAAGAGUGGAUUGAACGGAGCCAAUCGUGUUGCCCUGGUGACAGACAACAUUGUGUGGCCCAAUGGCCUCACUCUGGACAUGGUCAACCAGCGUCUGUACUGGGUGGACUCCAAGAUGCACACGCUCUCCAGCAUCGACGUGAUGGGAGGGACGCGGCACAGGCUCAUUUACGACGAGGACAAGCUCUCCCACCCCCUGUCCCUCGCUGUGUUUGAGGAGAAAGUGUUUUGGACAGACAUGGGCAAUGGCGCAGUUUUUAGCGCCAACCGUCUGACGGGGAAGGAUAUCAACGAGCUGGCAAUGGACCUGGACCAACCCGAGGACAUUGUACUGUACCACAACCUCAAGCAGCCCAACGGUACUAACUGGUGCAGAGAGAGCAACAGGAUGAAUGGAGGUUGUGAGUUUCUGUGCCUUCCUGCUCCUCGGAUCAACCAGCGCUCUCCGAAGUACACUUGUGCCUGUCCUGACCACAUGACAAUGGGGCCUGACAUGAGGACAUGCGUGGCAGGAUCAGUCGCUCCUCCUGUGAAAAACACUACUGAAGCUACGCUCCCACCUAAAGUUCCCGCCAAGCCGACUACACCCAGGCAGCUCGUCCCUAUCUCUACAGCCACAACCACAACCACCACUAGAGUGACUGAAAAGCUCCCAUCUAACUCAUCCAUCCAGCAGCCUGUCGUCACUGCUCAAGGUAGCAAAUUUGCAGCUGUGCCUGAAGAAGCCGACCCAUCCCACCCUAUCGCUCUCUAUAUCGUGCUGCCAAUACUGGUCAUGUCCCUGCUGGUCUUUGGAGCAGUGUUGCUUUGGAGACGCUGGCGUCUGAAGAACACCAACACCAUCCACUUUGACAAUCCAGUGUACCAGAAAACCACAGAGGACGAGGUGCACAUCUGCAGGAACAACUCUGACGGCUAUGUUUAUCCUCAGAGACAAAUGCUGGGCAUGGAGGACAUGGAUGUUGCUUGAACCAAAGAUGAAGAAGACAAACACGAAGCAACAAAGGCCAUUUCUUAUUCUGCUGCUGCUUACC